UCCCCGGGCCUCUCUCUUGCGCUCUCAGACGGCACUCGCGGGCAGGGAGUCAUGCGCUGUCUCUCCGGGCGCGCGGCGCUGCGGGGGCUGAUGUGCCGCACGCGGGCCCCGGUCGCAAGCCUGCUUGCGCGCUCCAGCUCUGGAGGACCCUCCUGGACCCUGGAGCGGACGCUGGUUGCGGUGAAGCCAGACGGGGUGCAGCGGAGGCUCGUUGGGGAUGUGAUCCAGCGAUUUGAGAGGAGGGGCUUCAAGCUGGUGGGGAUGAAGAUGCUGCAGGCACCAGAGAGCAUCCUUGCUGAGCACUACCACGACCUGCAGAGGAAGCCCUUCUACCCAGCCCUCAUCAGCUACAUGAGCUCCGGCCCGGUGGUGGCCAUGGUCUGGGAAGGCCCCAAUGUGGUCUGCACCUCGAGGGCCAUGAUAGGACACACCAACUCGGCUGAGGCCGCCCCUGGCACCAUCCGGGGAGACUUCAGCAUCCACAUCAGCAGUAGGGCAUCAGGAGACUGUCCCUGGGACCCCCAAGGUGCACGCAGCAGACUGUCCCUGGGACCCCCAAGGUGCACACUGAAGCCUGUGUCCUACCUCUGCCACCUGGCACAGGAACGUCAUCCACGCCAGCGACUCCGUGGAGGGGGCCCAGAGAGAGAUCCAGCUGUGGUUCCAGAGCAGUGAGCUGGUGGACUGGGCAGACGAAGGCCACCACAGCAGCAUCUAUCCAGCCUGAGCACUCAGGGUGCCCUCGGUCACCCCAGCAUCCACCCAGAACCAACUACCUCUGUCGACAAGACCUUGAGCCCACACCCAUGCUCUGCCCAUCUGUCCCAGAC